CCCCGUCCCCCACCCCCCCUGCUGCGCGAGGUCUCCCCUGCUUCUGGUUUACGGAUGAGGGUAGCAGGCAAGUCGCUGGGUACCUGACUUGGCUCACUAUAUUGCGUCGAACUGAGGAACCUGGAAGGCAUUUGCCCAGAUGGUGUGAGCACCGCCAACCUGGACGAUAUCGAUGUGGACGCAGCACCUCGCACCCACCCCCGCAUAUGCCCUCAUGCUAUGAGAUAUAUACCUUUUCCCCGCGACCCGUUGCUGUCGUUUCUUUCUCCGGCGUGUUGCUGUUCCGCAACUUGAGCCAUCCCCAUAUCCCCGGUCUUAGCCCGCCUCGCUCAUUUCCUCUGUUUACAAAGGCCAGGUAGGACCCUGGUCCAGUCCGCUUACCUCCUCCUCUUCCUUCUCGGACCACCGCAAACCGUUGCUGUUCCUGGAGCAGGCACUAGGGUCGGGCAUAGACCUUCAAUCGCCGACGUGAGAUCUGAUACUCGAUCACUGUUAUCAUGACGAUCGCUCCAAAUCAGGAGGGUCCCUCCAGGGCCCAUAUGAUCUACGUCCCCAUCGUCGUCUUCUCGAUUAUCUGUCCGCUGCUCAUCGGCCUGAGAAUAUGGUCUCGACUCCGCAAGGGAGGAAAACUUGGUUCUGAUGACUACAGCAUUAUUGCUUCCCUGGGGUUUACACUGGCUUCCAGCGGUCUAAUGAUUGCAUCUUGCCAAUACGGCUUCGGUCAACAUGCCGCGAACCUCACCCCUGAGAACAAGAUCGGUGCUCUGAAGUACUUCUACCUCACACAAAUCACCUACAAGACGUCGAUCAACCUUACCAAGUGCUCCAUCUUGUUGCUAUAUUGCCGCAUCUUUGGCAGUGUGCAGUGGUUCAAGCGGGCAUGCUGGAUCCUGACCGCCUGUGUCGCCAUGUACGCGAUUGCCUCGGUUGUGGCAACCAUAUUCCAGUGCAACCCGAUUUCUCGCGCGUUCAACAAGCUGAUCCCGGGCACCUGCAUCAACAUCGCCCAUUUCUGGUAUGCCAACGCCGGUUUCAGCGUCGCCACUGAUCUCCUCAUCCUCUUGAUGCCGAUGCCCCUUGUCUACCAGCUCCAGAUCCCCCGCAUCCAGAAGAUUGCCCUGGUCCUCGUCUUCGCCCUCGGCGGGUUUGUCGUCAUCACUUCGUGCCUUCGCAUGACCACGAUCGACAUCGCCGCCAAGUCUCCUGACACGACGUUUGAUAUCGGCAGCACCAUGUGGACCAUGAUCGAGAUGAACGUGGCCAUCGUCUGCGCGUGUCUACCCAUGGUCCGGCCGCUGAUCGUCAGGGUUUUCCCCAAGCUCAUGCCGAAGAGCAGCAGCCGCAACAAGUACGGCUACGGCUACGACCCCCACAGCGGCCCGGCCUCGGGCUACGCCGCCAAGGGAUACUUCAGCAGCCACAGCCAGGACAGGGGCGAGCCGUCAGAGUGGGCUCGCAUUGACGGCAAGGAGGGCAUCAACCUGACCACGAUCCGCAAAGGAGACCAGAGCUCCGAAGAAUACAUCCUGCACGAGGACAAGAGCCAGCAGCAGCAGCAUCAGCAGCAGCAUCAACAUCAGCGGCAACAAGAGCAACAUGCUUCUGCAAUAGAGCAGGACAUCGAGGGUCCCAGCAAUCCGGUCAAGAACGGGACGGGCAUCCAGAAGACGGUGCAGUACAGCAUCGAAUACUCCAAGGCAAAUCAACGCGGCGAUUGGGCCCGAAGCGGUGACCAGCACCAGCAGCACGGGCAGCGUUUGUCCACCCCUUGAUUCCCAUUCUACAGUCGGUCAAAUACCCGAGGAAACACUGGCCGACGAGACGGUACGCAAGGCGCGGCCAUGCAUGUAUUUCAGUCGCAUAUACCGAGCACAAAAACCCAAAGAAAAAAAGUGAUCUGCGCGCCUCCUUUUCUGGUUCCCUGCGGGAUUACGAAGAUGAUGGAAUAUUAUUUAUACUAUGAGACCUGUACAAAUAGACCUGCUCAAAAGCAAGUGUAUCUAAAUGUGCAAGUCGGGCGAUGAAUUGACGACUUCUGCACAGAAUCUCCUUUUCAUACUAUCUUGGCGUUCGAUGUCCUGGCUUUCUGCGCUUCCUCGUAUCCACUGGAUUCUUCUCCUGACGCAGGAUCGAGGAGCUAGGGAUGAUGUAUUGUACACAAAUAAGUAUCCCAUAAUAAUGGCUCAAUGCACAAGUGCC